AUGAGUAGCAUAGGAACCGGGUAUGAUCUGUCCGUCACCACUUUCUCCCCGGACGGCCGUGUCUUCCAGGUCGAGUAUGCUGGCAAGGCCGUCGACAACAGCGGGACGAUUGUUGGGAUCAAGUGCAAAGAUGGAGUUGUCCUCGGUGUGGAGAAGCUGAUAACAUCGAAGAUGAUACUUGCCGGGUCGAAUCGGAGACUUCACUCUGUUCACCGGAACUCUGGCUUGGCUGUGGCUGGGUUAGCAGCAGACGGUAGGCAGGUGGUCUCCAGAGCAAAGUCAGAAGCUGCCAAUUAUGAAAAGGUAUAUGGAGAACCCAUGCCUGUGAAGGAAUUAGCUGAUCGUGUAGCUAGCUACGUUCAUCUGUGUACACUCUACUGGUGGCUCAGGCCUUUUGGCUGUGGAGUUAUUCUUGGAGGUUAUGAUAGGGAUGGGCCACAGCUCUACAUGAUCGAACCUUCAGGGCUCUCAUAUAAAUAUUUUGGUGCUGCUCUGGGUAAAGGAAGACAGGCUGCAAAAAACAGGGAGAUAGAGAAAUUGAAGCUUUCUGAGCUAACCUGCAGGGAAGGCAUUGUUGAGGUUGCCAAGAUAAUUUAUGGUGUACACGAUGAAGCGAAAGACAAAUCUUUUGAGCUGGAACUGAGCUGGGUGUGCGAUGAAUCUAACCGUCAGCAUGAGAAGGUUCCAAAUGAUCUUCUGGAGCAGGCCAAGGCAGCAGCGCAGGCAGCGUUGGAAGAGAUGGACGCCGACUAA